CGGGCUAGCAGGAAGGAUUGCCAGGCAGAGCAGGAGGGAUGCAAGGAGCUCUGGAGGAGGGUUGUCCUAUGUUUCUGCGUAUCGCAACCUUUACUCCUGGGCAGUGGGCAGCGUGAUCUUCACCGAUAUUGAAGACUUGCCCUUGGUCUUAGUCUCAAUGUAACUGCUGCAAUUAUCAUAAUUCACUGCGUGCCCCAUGACUCCGUAACGUAUGGCUGGACUCGCCGGUACAGACACCAUAUCAUUUCGGGACGACCCCGUGGCCUUGGAAGAGGUCCUCGCGGGCCAUGACCUCGUGCGGAGUCGCUCCGAUGUGGCGGCCCGCUAUCAAACUCUGUACGAGAGUGCGAUGAAGCACUUCAGCGCCAUGAAGGAAGUGAACAAGUUUGGUCGGCAUGACUGGCGCAGCGUGUUUGGAGAAACAUUCAGAGUAUUUGCCGAGCUCUGGGAAUACCUGAAAGAAAACAUGGUGUCCCUUAGGCACAGUGGACUGCUGCAGUCCUAUCGCACUGCUGACGUCGCAUCCAAAAUCGGCCAAAUGUUCUACCACUCCUAUGUACUAUCCAGUGAUGUAGAGUAUCUUCACCAGGCUUACUGGUUUUACUCAGCAGUGCGCUACAGCAGCAGCAGUACGGACACUGAUACAUCGGAGCUGCACAGCUCUCACCUUCUGCUGAUGCGUAUGCGCUACUUGGCACGCUUUCUCUCGGUCGCCUUGCUUCUCGGCCGAUCGCGAGUUCUAAGUGAGCUUGUCGAGAAACUGGAAAAGCAAGUGACCAUCUACAAUACACUGUACCCAGGAUCACAGGAUGCUAGUGAUUGGCACAACACAGCCGUGGAGGCACGCUCUAUGCUGGAGGCCCUAGAGCUCGUUCAGGUCCCGUCUCGCGACAUGCUAUUGGAACAUCGACUGGUACUGACUCCGCACUAUGUCAGAGCGGCCGGCUCGCUGUCCCUGGAUGAAGCCAUCCUAGUGUCGUGCACACACAGACAGGCUCGGUUUAGUCAGCUGACACUGGAUAUGCUGCGCAUGGUCUACACGCUGGAAUUGCAGACCACUGAUCGGCACGCGCCGCCUCACGUCAAAUUCGAGCAGGCUGGCUUGCCACCUCGGGUGGUCGGGCAUGACCGAAGACCUGUGGUUAAUCCGCGCAAGUGCCUUCUGCACCGGCCAUCCGUGCCUGAGCUACUUGCCGAGCUCUCUAUCAUCAUGAAGGAUGUGUCACCAAACGGCAUAACGCUGUUGUACUUCUCCUGUAACAGCACGCGCAGCUUUGAUCGAUCGUCCAACGCACCGUCAACACCGACACGCUCCAGAGAUGUUGGUCAUCCGCCAGUUGGACUGUCGUUGCGUUCAACGGCGGGUAAUUCGUCCGCACCCGAGGACAACCUCUACCCGUCGGAUCUAACGGUAUUCACCCGUAAGCCUUUGUUCCUGAUCAUCGACAGCGAUCAGACAUCAACCUUUGAGGCAGUGAAGAGCCCAUUUCAUCAGCCGUUCGUGUCUCUGUUGGCUGCGUCACGUCUCCCAGAGGACUUCUCCGAUUACCAGCUGAAUGGUCGUCUGCUGACGCUGUUUCUAACGUGCCCGCUGACCGCUUUCUGUCACGUGUGUAACUUGGUGGACGUGACCGAGUCACUGUGGACGGCGGCAUGCCGGGCGAUGACCGCGGCCGCCAGCACCAUCCUGGACUGCCUGCGCGCAUCCAGUCAACUAGAUGCUGACUUGUGCCUGUUCCUGGACGACUUCUUCACUCGUACUCUGGUGUGCCGCUUUGUCUUCUGCCAGGUGGUGUUCAGGCAUCACUACGCUUUCCCUAGCACUCAGUAUUGGCCAACCAGCUGCCCGCCCAUUCCCGGAGAAUUGCUCUCGACGGAACGUCUCCACCUGGCGCUAAUGUCAGUCGCUGACAGCCUCGACGUGCGUCAACUAUUCGAGUGAGACUCGGCAGAACACUGUCCACACGCCACCAUGUACUGCUAGGUGCUUCUCUGUACCUUGGACGGAGCCCUAUGCAACAAUUGAGUUUUCCUCCACAUAUGAAUCAUGCUACUUCCGCCAGUGUAGUAUCUCGUGCGUGAAAGCCAACCCCGGCAGCAGCUGUGGUUUACUGUGUACCACGGGGCAGGUUACGUGAUCAGAAACCAAGUGCGAAGAAACGUAUUUGAGAUUGUCCCUGGUCAUGUUGGACUGUCGGUAUGAGUACACACACUCCAGGUCACUCACGUGGACGUGCCUCUCCAAUACUUCAGCAGUGUACCAACGUCACGAGAGAGAGAGAGAGGGAGCAGUCAUCAUUCAGCUGCAGUUUGAUUUGGCACAGAGAGCACGGUCUUUGCGACGCCGUGCUUGGCAGCAUGUCCAGCGCGCAGCUAGAUAUGCAUUGACACUCAGACACUCGCACCAUGGGUAUGCUGCUCCUGGUGCUGAAGAAAAGCGCAAAACGUAUGCAUUGCCGUACAGUUAAGAUUGUGUUGAUGUGCACGUGCUCCUUCAACGGUAUUUGGGCGUUGUCAGUCCUGAAUGGGAGUGCUCGUCUGGUGCUCCUUUCUACUUGUGAAGUGUUCUACCACUCCGUCGGUGACAACUGAAUGGAUGAAAACAAAAUAAACAGAGCGAAAUCGGAAUAGAACCAAGAAAGUCAAAGAAAAAGCUUUAACGAAACCGUCCACGUUUUCCAGUCUUGCUUUCUCUUUUUAGACAGUCACAGCUGUGAAGUGAUGUCACGAUAAUGUACUAUGCUUUUGAUUCUUAGUGGGUUUUUUUAGGCUAGGUGUGUGUGUGUGUGUGUGUGGGUGUGGGUGUGUGUGUGUGUGUGUGUGUGUGUGUGUGUGUGUGUGUGUGUGUGUGUGUGUGUGUGUGUGUGUGUGUGUGUGUGUGACAUUUCGUAGUUUUCUCUAGUUUUGAACAUCUUUUGUCAAAGAUAGGGAUAGGGUGGACAAGGUCUGAUGAAGACAUUAAUCUUCUGAAAGUCAUGUGCUUUCAAACAUGUCUCCAUCAAUGAUGUGAAGUUUUCUGUUUCUGUCUCGGACUGGUGUCCAGGACAGAGUUUGCCCCUUUUCCGGCUUUCCGAGUUCUUUUUGUCGUCAAGUGAAUUGAGCUUGGCCUCCCGUCCAACUCGCCACUCCUUGAAAUCAUCAA